UAAACUACAUAUCUCCCUCUACUUGAAAUCAUCAGUAAAGAAAAAAACACGACAACAUGAAUACUUUCAAAACCCCAUCAGUCCUAAUCGUUGCGAUUAGCUUCCUGGUAAUUGCAACCAAUGCUCAAAACACUCCACAAGACUACCUUAACUCUCACAACACCGCUCGUGCGCAGGUUGGAGUACCGAACGUCGUGUGGGACACAACGCUCGCGACCUACGCAUUGAACUAUGCGAAUUCUAGAAAGGCCAACUGCAGCCUUGUUCACUCCAACGGACCAUAUGGAGAAAACCUAGCCAAGGGGAGUAGUUCCACGUUCUCGGGCAUCUCGGCCGUCAAACUUUGGGUCGACGAGAAACCUUACUACAGCUACGCAUAUAACAAUUGCACAGGUGGAAAACAAUGCUUGCAUUACACGCAAGUGGUGUGGAGAGACUCAGUGAAGAUAGGGUGUGCUAGGGUUCAAUGCACCAAUACUUGGUGGUUCGUGAGUUGUAACUAUGACUCACCCGGUAAUUGGGUCGGAGAGUACCCUUACUGAUCACUAAUAUUAUAGUUAUGAAUAUAUCUAAUUUAAAUUACUGCAAAUUAUAAUAUAAUUAAACUUUCUUAAUCUCAAGAUGUAAUAGUUUAUGAUGUUCAUCAAGACUCAAGAGGUUGUAAUAAUUAAUCAAAUGUUGUAUUUUUAAUUUCUUGUUGA